GGUGCAGGGGGCGGCGGGCCGGGCGGGCAGUCUGCGAGGCGAUGUGAAAGCGACGGCGACCCCUGCCGCGUGCCUCAGCCGCGCUUCCUUCGCCUGCCCUCGCUCGCGCCGUCCCUUCGGCGGCGGCGGCGGCGGCGGCUCCCGCCGGCCUCCGCGGCCGGGCCCCGCGUUAUGUCGUGAUCCAGGGCGGGCGGCGCUGCUGCUGCUGCUCAUGGGGCUGCUCAGGAUUAUGCUGCCGCCCAAGUUGCAGCUGCUGGCGGUGCUGGUCUUCGGGGUGGCCGUGCUCUUCUUGGAGAGCCAGAUUCAGAAGCUGGAGGAGUCCCGCGGCAAGCUGGAAAGGGCUAUUGCAAGACAUGAAGUCAGAGAAAUAGAACAACGUCAUACAGUAGAUGGCCCACGGCAAGAUAGGACACUGGAUGAAGAAGAUGAUGUGGUGAUUAUUUACAACAGAGUACCUAAGACUGCCAGCACAUCCUUCACAAACAUUGCCUAUGAUCUUUGUGCGAAGAACAAAUACCAUGUUCUACAUAUCAAUACAACCAAAAAUAAUCCUGUUAUGUCUCUGCAAGAUCAGGUCCGAUUUGUGAAGAAUGUGACUUCCUGGAAGGAAAUGAAACCAGGAUUUUACCAUGGACAUAUAUCUUAUUUGGACUUUGCAAAAUUUGGUGUUAAAAAGAAACCAAUUUACAUAAAUGUCAUAAGAGAUCCUAUAGAACGACUAGUUUCUUAUUAUUACUUCCUGCGCUUUGGAGAUGAUUACAGACCAGGGCUACGGAGGCGAAAGCAGGGGGAUAAAAAGACCUUUGACGAAUGUGUGGCAGCUGGAGGUUCAGACUGUGCUCCAGAGAAACUUUGGCUUCAAAUUCCAUUCUUCUGUGGCCACAGCUCCGAAUGCUGGAAUGUGGGAAGCAGAUGGGCUUUGGAACAAGCCAAAUACAAUCUGAUUAAUGAAUACUUCCUAGUGGGAGUUACUGAAGAGCUUGAAGACUUUAUCAUGUUAUUGGAGGCAGCUUUGCCCCGGUUCUUCAGGGGUGCCACAGAACUGUACCGGACAGGAAAGAAGUCUCAUCUUAGGAAAACAACUGAGAAAAAACUUCCCACAAAAGAAACUAUUGCCAAGCUGCAACAGUCUGAAAUCUGGAAAAUGGAGAAUGAGUUCUAUGAAUUUGCACUGGAGCAAUUUCAGUUUGUCAGAGCACAUGCAGUUCGGGAAAAAGAUGGAGAAUUAUAUAUUCUGGCUCAAAACUUUUUCUAUGAAAAGAUUUACCCUAAAUCAAACUAAGAUUCUAACUAUACUGUUAGAUUUGUGGACGUAAAUCUUUGGUCACGUCAUCAUCUUAGUCCUCAGCCAUGGAAACUAGAUUGGUUGUAGACCUCCAAAACGUUUCUUUCUAGAUCUGAGAAAAGUGGGCUUUGGAUCACCUCCAGGGCGUUGGAUAGUGGCUAACUAUGUUGGUAAUCCAGAAGCAAAGUCUUCAUUUCUUUUAUCUAAUAUUGGGAGUUAAUAUCCUUUACCUGAAGAAAUCUACACUUUAAUUGGGAGCAAUUAAUACACAGCAGUUCUAGCUGGAAAUGUAAACAAACAAAAAAUGCUUUUGUUGAUGCUCUUCUUAAUUUUCAGAGCAAUUUAUUUUCAUUUAUACUUCUGUGAAGACAAAAGAGGUUUGGUUUUUGUUUGUUGUUUGUUUUUUUUUCCCCCAGCUUUCAACAUUAACAUUUUGGUUGUAUGCAGUAUGAGUAGUGUUAAUAACUGGUUGACAUCUGUGCUUUGUUUCAGUGAGUCACAUGAUAUUAAUUGGGAUGGUUAAUCACGUUCUGCUGAAAAAUGCUGCUGCUGAAAUUCCCCAUAUUUAUAUAUAUAUGUGGUUUUAUUAAAAACUUGCAACUAA